GGUCGUCUUCAUUCCUCACCCCUUUCUUCAACCCUUAUUGUCGUUCCUUCCGCGCAUGAAUCCUUGAAAUAUUUUCCUCCCGUCUUUUCCGAUCUUCGCCUACGGGACUCUUCACCAUGCCCUCCCUCGAUGUUAGCGAGCUCAACAUCGUCAUCGCCGUCCUAGGUACAUUCGACAAAUCGAAAUCGAGUGAGCAGACACUAAUGUACGACUGCAGGCGCUUUCAUCGUUCUAUAUGGCUUCAUUUCCGUCAAAAUCAAGCAAGUGUGGUAUCUUGGUGAAGCUUGUAAGUCCACAACUGCCCAAUGCAGCGCCGUCAUGUCUUGAAAUCAGUGAACUCAUCCUUUCCAGUGCCUGCUGUUCUUAUCGGUAUCAUACUAGGACCGAUAGCUGCCAGAUUCCUAGAUGCGGAGAAAUGGGGCUCUGCUGCUGAGGGGCAGCAAGAAGCCAUCACUCUGGGCAUGUGCCGAAUCGUCAUUGGUGUCCAGCUGGUCAUCGCCGGAUUCCAACUCCCUGCCAAGUACCAACAAACCCGGUGGAAGGAGAUGGCGAUCUGCCUUCUCCCUGUGAUGACAAUCAUGUGGAUCUGCACUAGCUUGUGCAUUCUCGUCACAGUUCCCAAGCUUUCGUUCUUGGCUGCGCUUGUUAUCGGAUCUUGUGUCACUUGCACUGAUCCUAUCUUGUCGCAAGCCGUGGCCAAGGGUCCUUUUGCCGACAAGUUCGUCCCUCGUGCGCUGCGAGAGAUCAUCUCGUCGGAAGCUGGUGCCAACGAUGGCUUCGGUUUCCCUUUCCUGCUUUUGGCUACGUACCUCAUCCGCCAUGCCGACCUCGAAGGUGUCAAGUUCAAGAGCGGCAUCGAAGGCGUCAAGGAAAUCGCCGAACGCGCAGUCAACAUGCUCUCCAAGCGUAGCGAAGAAGGAGUUGGCCGUCUCGGUGGCGGUGUUCCUAUGGCAAUGGAACAGUGGAUUGUUGAGGGAUGGCUAUACAUCAUCCUCAUGUCCGUUGUGAUCGGUGCCCUCCUCGGCGCCGCCAGUAUGUUCGCCAUUAAGUUCUCCCUGCGCAAGAAGUGGAUCGACUCCGAGAGUCUCCUGCUCUGGCCCAUGGCUGUCGGCUUGUUCACCAUUGGCGUUUGCGGUGCGCUCGGUACCGACGAUCUUCUCGCUUGCUUCGUCGCCGGCAACGUCAUGAACUGGAACGGAAUCUACCUUGAGGAAACCGAGAAGCGCCACGACGAGGUCAACAGCUGUUUCGAUGUCAUCCUCAACUUCGGUGGUUUCAUGUACAUCGGAACCAUCAUCCCAUGGGCCGAAUUCCACUUGCCAGACGUCACUGGUAUCACCUUCGGAAGGCUCAUGAUUCUCGGCUUCCUCAUCCUCGCUUUCCGUCGUAUUCCGGCCAUUUUCCUGAUGUACAAGGUCAUGCCCGACGUUGUCAAGGACUGGAAGGAGGCGCUGUUCAUGGGAUAUUUCGGACCCAUUGGUAUCGGAGCUGUCUUCUACGUCGAGCACACACGUCACCUUUUCCCCAAGCCAGGCGAGGCCGAAACUGAGGAAGAAGAGAACCUUGUCGCAGCCAUGAUCCCAGUCGUCUAUUUUCUCGUCAUCUUCUCCAUUGUCUUCCACGGCCUUUCCAUCCCCGCACUCGAUGCUUUCUACCGUUACAAGAAGAUCCCAGCGAUCGAAGAGUCUGAGCCCGCGGAGAUUCGCGUACGAUCUAUCCACGAGGCCCUUCCCAAGAACACCAGGAUGGACUCCAAGCGCGGCUCGGUCUACCAGCACAACCGCUUCUCUCGUCCAGUUUCCAUGGGUCCUGGCCCAGAGCUGUACAGGUGGAACAACCAAGUCAGGGAUAGCGACGCUACGUUCAGGUCAAACUCCCAGGUGGAAGCCGUGGAUUACGCACAGAAACUGCAAAGCAUCCGCUUCCAGGAAGACUAUGCUCAUGAGAAAGCAAACCUGGGCCGGUAGAUUGGUGUAAGCCGAGGCAUUCGAUAUGUCGCUCUCCCAAGUGGCUAACCCUAUCUUUGGUGGAAGGCCCGUCAAGGGGCAAUUAGAAAAUUCGGUACGCGCCAAGGUUCAAGCAGAGGAUGUGCACAGAAGGGAGGGGGGCCGUUGGAUUGAUGUAUUGGAUGGAUCGCUCGCUUUAGGCUUGGAUAACAAUAAGGGUUGCUCCCUAUCAUUUGCAUUUACUAUGCUUUUUGUCACUCGUUUAGACCUGUACAACAUAGACUGACGUCGAUUUACGCGUAUUCAUCCGCACGCCAGUCUGACAGCUACGCCCACGUUCACCAACCCUCAAGUGCACUCUGCGAAGCUAUCUCACCACAAUCUUCAAGAUACCAAUGCCAUGAGAACCCGACGAGAACCUCAGCUCCGAAACCCA